CUCGUUCUCGCCAAGCACAACACUAUCUCAUUUUCGCGACCGGCAGCCCUGUAAUCCACGCACUAACCGCGAUUUAAAUCUAAUGUAAACUCGACGUGCACCGCUACAUUUUCGUUUGUCAACCAUUUUCAUCUGAUCGAGCUCGCAUCUUCCAUCUAGUGGCGAGUGUCAAAACUCGACGAGAGUGCACGAGAACGAAGAAUGGAGCAAGAGCAAGUACGCCCUGGCUUGUUUGACAUUUCCGAAUUUUCCACCCAAAAAGUUACAAGCAAGCGAGUUAUUUGGAGUUCCUGAGGUUUACUGACCUGAAUUUUCUGGGGAAAGCAAGAGUGAAUUAUUUUUCUGAAAAAGGACGGAAAAUAGAGGGCUAAUUAGGGAGAAUAUAGUGCAUGGAAAGAGUGUACAGUCUGAGCAAGUAAAGCACGUGGUGUAGUGUACACUCGGGACAAUAAGUGUUCGAAUAAUAACAAUAAUUACUUGCAUUUGAAGUUCUGGGAACUUUUAUUUUAAGUGGAUUUUGAAAGGAUUUGUAAAUUGAAAGGAACUUUUGGACUUGAGUUCUUGAUGGACCGACUUUGAGAAGAAAGUCGAUUCUCCAAAUAUUCUACAAUAAAAUAGUACCAAGUACUUUUGAAAUCACCCCACCAUGGGUAAUUCUGGAUUAAAGCAGCACUACGACACAGCGAAGAAAACUGGAACCUUGACCCUCUCAAAAAGGAAAUUGGACGAGUUUCCACCAAAUUUGAGAGCCCUUGCCCCAUUAUUACGAACAUUAGACCUCUCGGAAAAUAAAUUUCUGCAUCUUCCUUCAGAAUUAAAGGAUUUCACUUUACUCAAGCAGCUAAAUAUCAGCCAUAACAGACUGACAGACCUCCCGGAAGAAAUGGGAGCCCUGGUGAAACUUGAAUGCCUAAACGCUUCUUCGAAUCAAUUAAAAAUGUUGCCAUUUUCUUUAUCAAAUUUAACACAUUUGAAGCAAGUGAAUCUCUCUGAUAAUUGCAUAAAAGAAUUUCCUUUCAUGUUCUGUGGACUGAAACAUUUGGACGUUUUGGAUCUCUCAAAAAAUAAGUUGACGGAUGUUCCAGAUGCGGCUUCAGGACUUCAUGUGACUGAACUUAAUCUGAAUCAAAACCAAAUUUCGAUUAUUUCGAGAAAAUUGGCUCAGUGCUCGAGACUGAAGACUUUGAGGCUGGAGGAAAAUUGUCUGCAAGUUCAUGCAAUCCCUGUCACGAUUUUAAAGGAUUCCAAGGUCUCGAUUCUGGCCCUGGAUGGAAAUCUUUUCGAAAUGAAGCAAUUUGCUGACCUGGAUGGCUAUGAGCAGUACAUGGAGCGAUAUACUGCUGUUAAGAAGAAGAUGUUUUGAAAAUAGUCACGUAUUAAUAUUGUGAGAAUGGUUGAGAAUGUUAAACAAGUCCAGUGAAGUUAAAUAAGUCGUACGAGAUGUUUUACUUUCAAUUCUUUGGAUUUCGACUUUAAUGAAAUUUCUACUUAUACCCUAAACUUGGAUAAUUAUUUCUGAUGAAAUUUCUAAGACGCCUUUUGUCUAAUAAAGAUCUUAUAGCUUUUUCACUUUUAUUAACUUAUUACCUAUUGUUCGCCAGUAUUAUGUAGAUUUUUGUUUGUUUAUAGAUUAUGUGUGUGAAUUGGUAAAAAAUAGUUCAUAUUGAACAGAAAUGAUGUGUAUGUAUAUGUAACAUGUGUGUUAUCCUUAUAAAUGUGAAUGUGAUGUACAUAAUUAUAUAAGAUGGAACCACUGAUCCCUCACAUCAGAAUAUAUUAUUUAUUUUUUGUUAAA